AUGCCCCGGCCUAGGCAGGCAAACAACCCGGCCACGGGCGCUCAGAAGAGCUUCGAGAUCGAUGACGAGCACAAGACCCGCGUCUUCUACGAGCGAAGGAUGGGCCAGGAGGUUGACAUUUCUCAGCUCGGGGAGGAAUUCAAGGGAUACGUUGUUCGCAUCGGUGGAGCCAACGACAAGCAGGGUUUCCCAGCCAAGCAGGGUGUGCUUGCUCCCAACCGUGUUCGCCUCCUUCUCGGAGCCGGCGAUAGCUGCUACCGUCAGCGCCGAACCGGAGAGCGCCGUCGCAAAUCCGUCCGCGGUUGCAUCAUGGGUAGCGACAUCCAGGCCUACCAUCUCAUCAUCGUUAAGCAGGGAGAGAAGGAGAUCCCCGGUCUGACUGACGCCGAGUCCACUGUGCCCAAGCGUCUCGGUCCCAAGCGUGCCAACCACAUCCGCAAGUUCUUCAACUUGACGCCCAAGGACGACGUGCGCAAGUUUGUCAUCCGUCGUGAGGUCACGCCCAAAAAGGAGGGGUCCAAGCCAUACACCAAGGCUCCUAAGAUCCAGCGCCUGAUCACCUCUCAACGUUUGCAGCGCAAGAGACACCUCCGCAGCUUGAAGAAGCGCACCACUGAGCGUCAAAACGCCCAGAAGAAGGAGUACGAAGUUGUGCUGGCCAAGCGUCAGGCUGAGGUCAAGGAGCGCAACGCUGCUGCUCGUGCCCAGCGCAAGUCUACCCGUGCUGCCAAGCAAGCUUGAGCAGACCGGAGUGUAGACUUUUCCAUGCAUGUCAAAAUGCAUUGUAUCACCGCUGCUCCGGAGACGACUCGGCAGCAGAGAUCUUUGCACGUCUCUGCUGCGAUGCGUCCUCCUCGUCACUUUCUCAUCCAACUCUUCAAAAUCAAGUCUCUGUCGAGACGGACGGUCGGCGUAUUCACGCACUGAUGGGACGUCCAACGAAGACAUGCAACGUUGACACUGUCAAACCUUCACCAAGCCUCUCCACAAUCUCAUGCAUGCUAUUCAACG